AUGGCCCAUGGCAACCAAGGCCACACUUUGCGGAGCUCGACCUCGGGAUCUUCGCCCGUGUGGAAAAGAGCAGAGAAGAGUCAUUUCACCCGGUCUCUACUCAGCUGGGGUCUCGGGAAAUACGCGGUGUCACUAGUUAAAAGGCAUCUGCUGAAAGAUUUGGAACAGAAGAAGGUGGCUACUCCAAACCAGACCAACUGUAACACAGAGUCACCAGCAGCCCUGGAGGAGGCGAAGACCUCUCGUGUUCCUGGGAGCCCCCAAAUAUCCCCUGAGCCUCAUGACCCUGGAGGUUCCCUGCCCCUGACACCCCGGAUGGAGAGCCACUCAGAGGAGGAAGAUCCUCCCGGCAGUGGCCUAGGCUGGAACGGUAGGGGUCCCCGGGCCCAGAGCCCAGGGGGCUGCUCAGUGGAGGCUGUGCUGGCACGGAAGAAGCACCGCCGGCGGCCUUCAAAGCGCAAGCGGCACUGGCGGCCCUACCUGGAGCUGAGCUGGGCCGAGAAGCAACAGCGGGAUGAGAGGCAGAGCCAGCGGGCCUCCCGGGUCCGAGAGGAGAUGUUCGCCAAAGGCCAGCCCGUGGCACCCUACAAUACCACCCAGUUCCUGAUGAACGACAGAGACCCCGAGGAGCCCAACCUGGAUGUGCCCCAAGGGGCCUCCCACCCAGGCUCCAGUGGGGAGAGUGAGACCGGGGACAGCGACUCGAGGGGCCGAGCUCACGGGGAGUUCCAGCAGAGGGAUUUCUCCGAGGCCUAUGAGCGCUAUCACACUGAGAGCCUGCAGGGCCGCAGCAAGCAGGAGCUGGUGCGAGACUACCUGGAUCUGGAGAGGCGGCUGUCACAGGCCGAGGAGGAGACGAGGAGGCUGCAGCAGCUGCAGGGCUGUACCAGCCAGCGGCCCUGUCGCCAGGUGGAGGAGCUGGCCGCCGAGGUAGAGAGGCUCCGGACGGAGAACCAGCGGCUUCGGCAGGAGAAUGAGAUGUGGAACCGAGAAGGUGGCCGCCGUGGUGGGGAGCCGGGCACCUAGGGUGCCCCCCCAUCCGGGCUGACCCAAGGAGAAGGUCCUGUUUUGUACACACUCAGGCCAGCCGAGUCUCAAGGAGGCAGGUCUCAGCACCCCUGAGCCCCCUGAGAACAGCUAAUUUAGGUUCUGGUUUCCAUCUUGUCAUUUCCACAGUUUGUUCUUUGAUGUCAUCUUAUUUUUCACAAAGGAAUUAAAUGA